UAAGAGGUGGAAGAAUAAUCAUCUUACUGCUGGCGCGAAAAGCUCGCGGAUUCCACGAGACCCGGUCACCAGCGCGACCCCUCGCAUUCCCUCCUCACUGCGCGUGCACGCUGGCGAGGCCGCAGACACCGCCUGCAGGAUCAUCGAUGUCUUUCUCUCCUCCUCUCUCCUGUCUUCCUGCAGUCCCUCGCUCCUCUGCGGUCCUGACAGUUACCUUCGGUGCUUGUGACGCGGUGCACGCGCGUGCGCGAGGCGUGAGUAUAAAUCGCCAUCCGCCUUGUGAAUGAGUUCCAGAGAAAGCUGAAGGUGAAGAAUUCAGGGGCUGGAGUCACAGAAGAACGGUUAUUGGUCUUGACAGGCCCGGUGGUUCCGUUACCGUGACGUGGUAGUGGGUGACUGCAGUUUACCUGGAUUGUGGAUCAUCAGGUGAACUGUUUACAGGUGUAAACACUCAACAUGUGUGUGCAGUCCACGGAGGCGUUCAGGUUCACUUGCGUUCACUGGCUGUCGUGACAUGAGUGAUUGGGCUGGAGGGACAUACUGUGUUCAUUGACAACCUUGUCGUCGUGGUCGUCUUCGAUGCUUGAAGUUGUAGCAGGCCCUAAUGUAGAUCCAGAAAUUCUUCUGAGGCCCAGCGCGAGACGAGUGGCGACACUGCAAUCCCUCCAUGAUCGGAAAUAUCCUUUAAUGAUUCACAGAUUCCCCACAUCCUUCAGUAACUUCCCAAAAAAUGACUCCUAGCAUCCAUCAAUGAUUCCCAGCAUCCCUCAGCACCAGAAACGUGCAGGAUUCAUCAUUGACACCCAGUCACGUGGUGUCACCACUUUUGUAACCACCCCCGCCCCGGUCUUCCCUGCCACCAUCUUCCGUUCCUAAUCCACUUUCACCCUCCAACAAAACUGGCCAAAGGCAACAGCCUUACCUCUUCUUCGUCCUCUUCAUCAUCGACGAUGCCGAGACGGAGGAAAGACGAGGACAUCUCUUCCAAGGAGUUCCACAAUGGCGGCGGGGCGGCGGACCACAAGCACGCGGUCAAGCUCACCAAGCUGCAGAAGCCCGUGCAGAGGAACGCGGCCAACGCACGAGAGCGGUCCAGGAUGCGCGUGCUGAGCAAAGCCUUCUCUAAGCUCAAGACCACGUUGCCAUGGGUACCGCCAGACACCAAGCUGUCCAAGCUGGACACACUCCGCCUGGCCUCCAGCUACAUCGCGCACCUUCGCCAGAUCCUGGACGCCGAGGAGGCGGACUCCCACCGGACCACCUACAUCCACCCGCUUAAUCUGACGUGGCCAUUCACCUUCAACGGACGAGCACUGAACGAGAAUAAAAACUCAGACUCUGUCAAGUGUCCCAACAAACAGGAAGGGACCGUUCACUGCUGAGGUGACAGCACAGAAUACCUGUCUCUCUAUCCACCAUAGCACCUGUGUGUGGACUAAGGACUGCGUUGUGUGACGUCGAUGUAGUGUUUCACCUUUGAACUUUGCACUCAGUGCUGUGGAACGUGCAAUUUCUGGGUUGAGUGGACACGCCAUUCAUUGUGACUACGAGGGGCACCUGAGUGUGUGAAAGACCACAAGACUGAGUAUCCGACUACCUUCCCUUUAAGCAUCAGAAAAGAAUUUUCUAGCAAACUUAAUACACUAUCAAUCUCGCUUAUUUAAAUAACUCGGUCACUCUAAAUAAUCCUAACCCUCGCCCUUGACAUCCUUUCUGAUUCAAAUGACAUUCAGUUUUCCAACACAGACAAUUCUUUUACUCGACAGAACAGACCGUCAACAAGCAUUUUUACAAAGGUUAAUACGAGAGACUUCUCCAUUCCUUCUCCCCACUAAAGUGCCUUUCUAGCAAUAUUUAAUAUUUUUUCUUCCACACUCCGGUCACUCAUGUGACUAAAGUGACCAAAUCUGACUAUCAACUCGCCUGAAAUGUUUGCUGGUGAUGCAACCUUUGUUGUGUGCAGCUUUCACUAUUAUUAGAUGUGCAUCGCUAGUACAUCGCAACAGAAACUGAAGUUUGGGAUUUUUUUUCUUUUCACCUAAAUGUGAAACUUCACAAAUGGCGUGAGAUUGCGAUUUUCCGGACGAAUACCUGCUUAGUGAUACAGAAAGACAUUCCCGCUCUUGAAACAUCUACAGUCAAACUGACCCUAGGGUGGAAGGUAUAAGGAGAUAAUAAUAACGAUGAAAACGGACCAGACAAAGUUAACCCCGUCAGUGCCAGCCCACAGGUUGACCCACGAACAAUGCAAAACCUACGAGCGGCAUGGACCUCCGUUGUGCCUACACAUACACGAGGUGGAAAUACUCAAUUAAGCGCACUAAUUUAUAAACUUAUAUAUCUUACACUGACACGGAGCUCUGAGACUACAAACAUAUCUGGAACUACAUAUUCCUGCUCACAGACUGUGAAGGUUAAUUGCUGGAAUAUUCUCGGCGGAUGUCUAUGACCUGGUGCUGAUUACCUGAAUUACCUGUAUUACCUGUAUCAAAGGCCAGGUUCAUGACUAGUCUGGAGAUGGAAGCUGACGUCACAAGAGUAUACAUGGUGCUAUGGACGUUGUAAUUUAUGAGCUCGCAAGUUAACCCUCUAGUGUUUGUGCCUUGCGGUCUCUCAACGAACUCAGAUCCGGAGAUUGCAGGUGUGACGGUUAUGAUUUAAACGGCUCCACGUGUGAUGUUUAUGUUUCUGUCCAGCUCGCGCCCAAGAUACUUUCAAGUUCCGUCCUUUCCGCAGAGCCUAACCCCCAUCUCCAACCCCCCCUCACUCAACAACGAAAGCCCCCAUUAACCCCUUCCCCCCCUUCAUUGACACGUGUACAUGUUCUCGUAAAGUAUUUUCCCGGAUUGAGAAAAAAGAAGAAAUGAAUAAACAUUGAAUGUAUGUCGAGAUGAGAAAGAGAUCUUGAGUAUUUUCAUAUUUAUUUAAUUGUUUUAUUGCCGAGCUCUCAUCUCAACUCUUAAUGUUUGUUACCUUCAGUCACCGGUCUCUUUUCUUGGUUUCGUUGAUCUUCGUUUUCUCACAGUCUUUCGCUUCGUGUUUCCUGUCUUUCCCUUUCGUAUUAUUUUCUAGAAUUAUUACAUGUUGGUAUGUUUUUCUAUCUUCUAUUCGCUCAUUAUCCUUUCAUUCCUCGGUCUUUGUGGGAAAGUUUGUGCAAGGACAUCUUGAGACAGGAUGAAAGAAAUAAAAUUUCACGGAGAUAGAAAGCUUCAAGUGUUUUUACUCGUUUUCCAGAAUAACUGACCUCGCUCCCUCCUCGUGUAGACUAUCUGCGAAAAUAGGUGGAAAAGAAAAAGGGAAAACUCUGCAAAGUCAAAAUCACUUAAAAUUGUUAUCUAGUUCUUGAAUUCAGUUUUGGAGAACAUUACCAUGCUUAUUUAUUAUUUAACAACAUAAAAUGCUGGGCCACCUUCAGCACACGAUACUGUCAAGCUGAUCUCUGUAAAUAAAGAGACUACACCAGAACAUUUACUUUCUCAAGAUCUGACAUCUUGUUCUCCUCCACACCCGCAUCAUCAGCUGAAAGCUCGCUAUUGUUGUUGACACGUCCAGGAACCUGCCCUGGAAACCACACCAGUCGAAAUAAACACCAGCACCAAAGCAAGCAGCGGUUGUCUUUCUCUUUGGCAAAAUGGCGGCUGUUAAAAAACAUCAAGAGCUUUCUGCUAUGCGCAAAAAAAAAAAAAACAGAGUGAAAGGAGGUGAAAAUUUCAGUCGCAGUUUUUAAAAUUAUUUGUGGGGGUUUUUGUGGUCUGUGCACGUGCAGCUCGGAUCUCGUGACGGCUUGCGAGACCUCUGACCUCGCUUGAAACCCAAGGCUUGUCAAACCUUUCAUUUGUGGAUCCUUAGGGAGCGCUGGCGGCAAGUCUU